UCUUGGAAGAACAUCAACCAUAUGCAGUCCAUACAGUAGUGGCUGCUGCAGUUAUCCUCCUUCACCCUAGAUGGCAACAUGCUUCAUACUUUAGCUUUAAUAUGGGCUUGUGUCGUCUUCUCUCGGCUUCCGUCGAGAGCGUGGCUUGUCAAUGACAUUCAGACUCUUGAGUUUCCGUAAGUGUUCACGUGUGGAUGCCCCAAACAUGUCGCUUAGCUUUUUGUUUAAGACCCUGACUAAAGAUGUGGCAAAGGUCAGCAGGCAGACUUUGCACACAGGAUGUCGUCGUUUCGUGGGAGCUGACAAGAGCCUCCUGGUCAAACUGAGAAAAAGCACUGGCUACACCUUCAUCAACUGCAAGAAAGCGCUGGAGAAAUAUGACAAUGACAUAGCGCAGGCGGAAGCUUGGCUGCACGAGCAGGCCAAGAAGGAGGGCUGGAGCAAAGCAAGCAAGCUGGAGGGUCGCAAAGCCAAAGAGGGCCUCAUCGGUGUGUUGGUGGGAGGUCAAGUUGCAGUCGUGGUGGAGGUCAACUGCGAGACGGACUUUGUCGCCCGCAAUGAGAAGUUUCAGCAGCUGGUGAAAGACGUCGCUUUCUCCACCUUGACUCACCACCAAAAUAAAAUCCAAAGUCAGACGGGAUACGUGAAGAGUCUUCUGGCAUCUGAUGAACUGGGCAAACUGAGCAUGUCGGACGGAGCCACCCUCGCUGAUCAGGUGGCUUUAAGCAUAGGUCGCCUGGGUGAGAACAUCUCAGUGAGGCGCGCAGUCACCAUAGGCGUCCCCGCAGAGUGGAACAUCGGCUCGUACGUUCACGGCGGGGUGGCGGGCCAGACUGAUGUGGUCAUGGGGCGCUACGGAGCCCUGGUUGUUUUCCAGGGCGGAAAAGUAGAAGAGCGGGAAAUUUUGGGACGCAAACUGGGACAGCACAUUGUGGGAGAGGCGCCUGUGUUGCUUGGAAACAUGGACGAUCUGCCGUGCGGUGAAAGCGAGACGCGCCUCCUGCCCCAGACCUUCCUGGGAGACCCCAGCAGGACUGUGGCCCAGUUUCUUAAAGGGCAGGAGGCUCGAGUGCUGGACUUUGUCAGGUUUCAGUGUGGAGAGAGUGCCAACGAAGAAGCAAAAGUAAUGUAGACAAGGAAAUCCUUUUUAGUAUGUUACAAUGAAAUGCUCCCCCCCCCCCCUUCAGUCUGGUUGUAGUUUAUUUUGUCUAUAGUAUCAAUACUGGAGAAGCAGGGCAAAAGGGAAUAUUGGACCAAAGUUAGUGAUGACCAAAUGAUAGAGGCUUUGGAGCUUGUCAAAAACGUAUGUAUUCUGACAUCUCACAUGUCAGAAUGAAUACGUACUUUACAGUUACCCUUUUUAAAAUGAAUCAAUUUAAGAAGACUGCCCACAAAAUGCACACA